GAAAAGCUUCAGUGGCAUGACUCCGUGUCAUGCAGCUGCUUAUACUGGCAAUAUCUGCUUGCUGGGGAAACUGAUUGAGGCAGGAGGUGACUUGCGCCUUCAUGACAACAAUGGAAAUAGCAUGAGAGACUGGGCUCUUAAAAAUCCGGAUGUGCGAAAGAGAACCAAAAUGCUGGAGUUUAUUGAUAAAACUCAAAUGCGUGCUAUGGUCUGCAGCGGAGAAGCAGUCGAUAUGGCAGAUACAAUGGAACCAGCAUUCAGGCGUCACUCUCAGACUUCAGUGAUGCAUAUCAUGAGGAAAACAACUGGCAGUGACCAUAGCUUUGAGAGUCUUAAGCGAGUUCAAAGCACAGGUUUUGGAAGAGUUUACCUAGGUAAUAACUUCAAUGGUGGAAUUAUUUCAGCAGUGCCUUUAAUUAGCGAGACUGCCUUGAAGGCCACUGAUGGGAAGAAAUAUGAAACUGGAUUAGAUUCCUGCAUUGAAAGGAUGCAGUGGUUAAAUGAAGCUGUCAGUGUGAAGCAGUUAAAGCCAGAUGUGGGAUUUGAGGAUAGCAUUGAUCUUCUUAUAACUGAUGCAGAGUAUCUGGGAAAACUGCGUCAUCCCAACAUACUGUUGCUUAUGGGUAUCUGCCAGUCAACCUACCUUGACAGAAUCGUGUUAGUCUUUGAGUUUAUAGAGAAUGUUACACUUCACCAUUUCCUGCAUCAAACGAGCAAUCCUCUGUUGUACCAUGAAUGUCUAACCAUCAUGCAGCAGAUCUGUGCGGCUAUGGACUUUAUUCACUGCCAGCACCUCAUUCACUGUGGCUUGUCUUCCAUGGCUGUGUAUCUGGUAUCUGCACAAACUGCAAAAGUUGGCAAUUUUGAGUUCAUGGUUGAAAGCAUCAAGACAAACUUAGGCAAGCCCAGCUCUGUCUCAAUAAUGAGCCAUGGUGAAUUUCUCUACAACUGGAUGUCCCCAGAAUUAAUGGAGUGUCUGGCUCCUCACUAUAGCUCGGAUGUGUACAGCUUCUGUUGUAUUGUAUGGGAGCUUUUCACUCGUGAAGUCCCCUGGAAAAAUUUGCCACCAGGAAGUAUAAAAAAAAAGAUUGUUGAGGGGAAAAUAGGAAUAAACACAAAUACUCCACAAAUACCCGCAAAGAUUAGGGCCAUUAUUGGCUAUGGCUUGGAGCUGAAAGAAGAGCUCAGGUUGAACAAGUUUUCUUAUAUCAUUGACUGGAUGAAAUCUGAUCAAAUGCCAAAGUUUCAUAGGACUGACACACCUCCUUACUUGUGGAACAGGUCAUGCAAUUUUGCAGAUCAGCUAUCUUCUUCAGCUUCAUCAUCGAGUUCUGUGAAAAAUGAAGCAUAUAAUUGGGCUCAAGACAGACUUGAUUUCAAUCAAGCAAAUGAGAGGACUGGAGAUACCUACAGCUCGGAUUCACCAAGUAUGUCUUGCGAAGAGAUGGAUCAAGAAAACCCUACAUUACCACAGUGUGGUAAUUGUGAAAU